GUUACAACUGUCUAGAAGAUUACGUUCACAGAACGUCAUCUAAUGGUCAGUUUCUUUGUCCACUUUGCCGUCAGAAUAUUAAACUUCCUGCAGGUGGUGUGAAGCAAAUGGCAAAUAACUCAACUCUACAAAUUCAACAAUGUGACGUGUGUUCAAACAAUCAAGCAACAUGUCGAUGUUGCGAUUGUCAACAACAUAUAUGUGAUUCAUGUAAAUCAAAGCAUGAUAAGUUUGUUGGUUGUAAAGGUCACCUUGUUGUCAGCGUAAAUGCAAUUUCAAAACAAGACUUACAGCAAAAUAGCACUGAGAAUCCAGACGCAGGUGUAAAGGAAGACAUUUCAGAGCAAUCGAGCAGGAAGUACAUUCACCCUGAAGAUAACUGCUCAAAACACUCCGAAAAGAAGAUUGAAAUCUACUGUAAAGAUUGUUUGGUGGCGGUCUGCUUUAAAUGCUUUGUCAACGAGCACAACGGACAUACAUAUCUGGAUCUACAAGAAGACGAUGUGCGUGAACAAAUCAGAGACGAACUAAAAACAUUGAAAAUAGAAAUAGAAAAACAUAUCAACAAACUUCAAAAUCAUUCAACAUCUUUACAAAGUAAAUUAUCUGACGUGGAAGUAGCAGCCAAAUCGGCUUGUGAGAACGUUGAUACGCAUGUUAGAAACAUGUGUGCUAAAGUUCACGAAAUGGGAGAAAACGUAAAAGCAGAAAUCCAGAAAACAUACAGCGAUGAAAAUGAAAAAUUCACAAAGCUGAUGACAGACAUAAGCAAUCUAACUGAAGAUUUGCUAUCUGGUUUUAAAUGUUCCACCAAUAUUCUAGAAGAUACCUCAAUUGUUCAAGUUUUGGAGAGAUUGCCAAAUGUGCGCCAGGAAGCGGACGAAUGCCGUUCCAGAAAUUUUAAUAUCCCUGAUGUAAUGUAUCCAUCGUUUACAGAAAUGGAGAUAAAUGAAAGAGUCCUACGAGAACAACUCGGUGAAGUAGAUAUACACCAUGAAACAAGAUUUAUUAACACGUUUAAUAUAAAUCAGUUAAAAUCUGCUGAAAGAGUAUAUAGUUCUGUUACAACAUUUCACGGGUUACCGUGGUGUGUCUAUGCAUCUAAAAUGUUGCCUGACGAAUCAAGAAAACAUGAAAUGUUGGGUGUUUUUCUAUGUUCAAAUAAAACAGGUCCACGUUCAGAUAUUUUAUCAUGUCAAGUUGAUAUCUCCCUGGAACUGAUCAACCAAACAGAUGAAAACAGAUCGAUAAGAAGACACGGUACAAGUAGUUUAAAAGACUUUCAAGAUAGUCAAGGGUUGGGAUGUGGCAAUUGUAUUACCUGGGACAUAUUAACAAACGAAGACAGUGGGUUUAUAGAUUCUAACAACAACUUAUUUCUUUGUUGUUCAGAUUGUGUUGAUUUCCUUUUUAGGCCAGGAACUUGUAUUCAAGAGCUACUCAACUUCGUUGCCAUUGGACAAUUGUGCAUUGAACGACGGACUUCGAUUCUUGAAAUGACACUAUUAGAAGACGUCUGUGAUGACAUCAUACCCUGUUCCAGGUCUAUAGUACGGUGGUAUUUGUUCUUAAAUAUUUGGAUUAAUAACUCGAUUCAUCGGAGUGGUUUAUCUGGUUAUCAUUUUUAAAAUAGAAAUUGGUGACAACAAAUCAAUGAUUGGAGUAAUAGUAGGUCUCAUUACACCCCCCACUGUACGUUCAGGAACCAUCCUAUUGACUCCUUGUCGAAAAGUUUUCAGUUCAGAGCUGAACUAAUGGCAAAGCAGCCAUUGCAUCGAGUACCCUGUCCAACUUAUUAAUUAUUAUUGAAGAAAAAUCCUGAUAGCUGAGGCUACUUCAACUGAGAUGAAAACAGAUGACACAAUUCCCAACUGGGGUUCCGAGUUUUAGAAAAUCACACAAUUCUGAUUUUGAUUCUGCUACUUUUGUGUGUCUAGUUUUCAAACUCAAACUGCAGUUCCAGAAAAUUCGCUCCAUGUAGAUUCAUGUUUGGGCCAAAAAUGAUACCCCCCACCCAACCCCAGGAAAAUCGGCCCCUUACGCCUAUGGUUAUCGUUUCUACCAAUAACUGACAAGGACAGAUCAGGACUGAUAAGAGAGUUGUUUGGUCAUUAGCGUUCAAUGUUUUGCAUCAAGUCACCGACAAGGAAUGAUAUACAUAUGCAGUUGUCGGCCCUUGUCCGUG